AUGAAACGUGCAAAAUAUUAUUGUAUAUUAUUAGUCCUUAUACUACAGUGGUGUUAUUCAAGUGCAACUUGCCCUCAAAUAGCGACACGAAAAGACUGGGACGGUCUUAGACCAGUUCACGUUAGCUACUUACCACGACCAGUAGCGCUCGUAAUCAUCCAGCACACUGUCACACCCACAUGCAAAACUGAUGCAGAAUGUGCAGAAAGAGUGAGGAAUAUCCAGUCUUAUCAUAUGGAGAGUCUUAACUAUUGGGAUAUUGGACCUUCGUUUCUAAUUGGUGGAAAUGGUAAGGUGUAUGAAGGUCCAGGUUGGCUUCAUGUGGGGGCUCAUACGUAUGGCUAUAAUAGCAAAUCAAUCGGCAUCUCUUUCAUUGGAAACUUUAACAACGAUGAACCAACAUCUAAAGCUUUGGAUGCUGCAAAGGCAUUAAUUAAAUGUGGCGUUGAAAACGGUCACCUUGCAUCAAACUAUCACGUUGUAGGACAUCGUCAAUUAAUUGCGACUGAGAGCCCCGGAAGAAAGCUGUAUAAUGAAAUAAGAAGAUGGUCAGACUGGUUGGAUGAUGUUACUUCUAUAAAGAACUAA